GAAGAUAUCAAUUAAUUGAAAAAGAGUCUGAAAUUGAGAGAUAUAAUAGAUACGGAAGGCAAAUUGCAAACUUUUAUAAUAAUAGACAAGUUGUUCUACUUUCAAAUAAUAAUACCCUUGCAAACAACAUUGAAAGACUCAAUCAAACUCUAAUGGAAAAUGAUAGAAUUAAAAAUGAUCUAGUCAAUCUGAGGAAACAUAGAUAUAAUACUUUACUAUAUGACAUUCUUGAAAAUGAAAUGAAAGAAGAUAAUGAUAAACAAUCAUUCGAAGAUGGUGAAAAGUAUAAUCAGUUAAUCCAAACCUUGGAACAAGAUUUUCUAGAUUCACCAUAUAAUGUGAAUGAUGCUUUCAAUUCACUAUUUGAUGAAAAAUUAAAAUAUAAAAACAAAGUAUCAUGUUUGAUACGAGAACUGCUGCUAGGUUAUAUAGAGAAAUAUCCUUAUGGAGAUUACAUCGAAACAUUAUUAGAUGAUAAAGAACAAGACCAAUAUUUUAUUGAUAAAUCAAAUAAACAAUUUUAUUCAAUAUGUGAUAUUGAAGAUGUAAAUGAAUUUGUUAAUAACAUAAUCAAGAAAAAUUAUCUUUACAAACAGAUAAAAGAAAUAUUCGAUCAAGAAGAUGAUGUGAUAAAUUUCAGCAAAAUGGUUGAACCAAAUGAUAAUGAACGAACUUUUUUCAAAAAAAUCAGACUGCUAGUAAAAAAUCAAAUACAUUUAAACAUAAUUGAUAAAAUCUUAGGAAAAGAAGAUAAUUUUGAGCAACCAGAUAAUAAAAAACAAAAACAAGCACCUAGAAAAAUGAAAAAUAUAAGAGAAGACAUCAACAUAAUUAUUUCCAAAACAAAACCAUUCCUAAUGAGACAAGGUUAUCAAACAUUAGAUAUAAAAAUAUGUGUAGAAGAAAUUCUAAAAUUAUAUAAAGCUAUCAUAAUUGUCUCUGAUAAAGAAAUUAGUUUUUUGAGAAGCUUGUUGUUAAAUAAUAUCAUUAAAUACCCAGAUCCAUCAAUAUUUAACAGAUACGAUAUAAAAUCAGAACAAAAUAAUGAAUUCUUUAUUAAUUUAAGAACAAUAACAAAACAAUAUUUCCUUAAUAUAGUGUUCAAAAUUCUAAUCAAAAGAGACAGAGAUCUUAGAUUAGAUGAGAAAAUAGGAAUCAUCUUUGAUGAUACUGAA